AUGCCAAGGACGAGGUCAUCACGAGCAGAAGCAGCAGCUCGUUCAAUAAGUGGACUUCUUGUGGAUAUAUUUAGAGCGAAUCGGAGGCAAAGGUUCUCUUCCUCGUCCAGUUCUGAAGAUUUUGUUACAAAUUCAACUGAGGACACUACAUCAACAACGACUGAAAGCACGAGUUCGGAUACCGAUUCCGACGACGAAAAUUUCGAGCCGCGGGGACGAACUUCUUAUCACACCCGUUCUAGAGAUCGUAGAAAUCAAAAUCGGACGUCGAGAGGAAACAAUUCCCCUAACAGUGAGCAAGAGAACGAGUCUGAGGAAGAAGAGGUACGUGGCGACUCUGAGUCUAUUAUUAUGGACAAUCAUGACAAUGAGGAUGAUGUUCAAAUUGUUGAAGGAGGUGCAGUUCUGCCAUCAAAUGCUGAAUCACGCAACGCUCUCUCAGAUUCAGAUAGUGAGGACAUUGUUAAUCGUCCCAAGCGAAGGAGAACAGACAACUUUGCAUCGGACGACAAUGAUGAAGCUAAGCCAGGAGUUUCAUCAAACCCGGCUCCUUCUGCAACCGCAUCAGCUCUUGGUGAUGAUGAUAGCGCAGACGAUGGUUGCACAAUAUGUUACGAGGAUUACACUAGUGCCGGUGAGCACCGCCUAGCCUCUGUCAAAUGCGGACACUUUUUCGGCUAUUCAUGCAUUGCACGAUGGAUACGUAGCGAAGGUCGAAACGCUGUUUGUCCUACGUGUAAGACAAAGACGACCAUUAAAGACAUUCGGAAACACUACGCAAACGCAGUAAAGGUCACCGACACAACUGAGGUGGAAAUGUUACGCAAUUCCAACGCUGCUUUACAUAUUAAAGUAUCAGGACUCGAGGUAGAAUUAGCAAGGAAAGACCGUGAAAUCUCGGAUCUAGUGAAAAGACUCCAAGAGGGGAAACAAGAUGUCAUAAACGCUACUCCUCAACUUAUCGUGAACCCUAGAGGAGGCCGCAUGUUCAUGAAUCCGGAGCGGAAGGAGGCACUUAUGAAUGGUUCUUCAAAUGCCGAUGCUCGCGCUAUGGAUUUCAAUGGAGAAGUUUGGGCUGUAGGGGUAGCUUGUUCGCAAGCACGCAACAUUUUCAGUCCUUAUGGCAUUCGCAUGCUUACUAUUACUCGCCAAGAAUUCAAGCUUCGUGAAUGUUAUCCUCUACACAGUGGAAGGUCAAGGGUUGUUGUUUUUUCUCCUUUCGAAUCAAGUCUCCUUUUAUCGGGAGGGGAGGAUAAACGCGCCAUUAUUUCAAUGAAUGGAACUAUUCGUCGUCAGUGGAAAAUGCCAAAUGACAAACCAGUGUGGACUGGUUGCUGGACAGCUGUUAAUAAGAUUGCAUUGGGGCUUGGCGACGGCCGUGUUUUCGAGUACGCCGUGGAUUCUGACUCAACUGAACCAAUUCGCGACUACACACAAGGUGUUGGUCAUCUGCCAAUAAUUUUCACAGGUUUUGAUCCGACUUCUUCGACUUUGUUGGUUGCUUCUUUCAAAAAGUUGAUAGCAUUCAGAAAUGAGAAGGUGUUUCCUUUACUGAACAACACUGACGAUCAAUUUGAUAAAAUGAGAUCUGUAAGCUUCGACGAGUUGUCUUUACACUUCGCAGUAACAUUCUCACCUGGUGGACGUCAUCCAGGGAUUUCUCAUCGUCUUUAUCGGCUUGAGGUGGAUGACGAUAAUGAUGAGGUCCGAUGUAUAGAAAUGGCUCAAUGGUUAACAGACUGCCAAAUGUCAUCAACGAUGUGGACGAAUUGUUUGUUCUCGUUAAAGAAUUCACUUUUUUCUGUUGUAUUCAACGAGGACAAGAAACGAUUCGAUGCACACGACUGGUCCGGAAGGAGAACGGACGCGAUGAUAAAAUAUCCCUCGAGCGCCACUGUUGCCACAAUCCGAGCCAUUCCAGCAACAUGCGACACUCGAAAAACCAUAGUCGUAUUGGCUGACAAGGCGCUGUUCUCUAUCGCGUUUGGUCUGUCAGAUUCUGUCUCAUAA